UUAUAAACAAAAAAUGUCAAUUUUCCACAAAAAUCUUUUUUUAAACUUUUCUAAACCCAUUCAAAACUGCAGACAAAGUAAAUAAUGGCUGCAGUGAUUUCCAGACUAAAACCAUACAAAUAUUCAAUAGUAUGAGUUUCUUUUGAGUGUGUUUAUCGUCAUGUUAACCCAAUCCCUUGAACUAAAUCCUCCCCAGCUGUCCUGUAAAUGUGUCAGAGUGAAGGCUCUGGCUGUUCGUGGCUUUCUGUAGCAACGCUGUAACUUUCGGUCCUGGAAUCUGUGUCAGAGUGGGAUGUGUGUCUGCAUUUCCAUCUUUGCGGAGCUCCGCCCCGUUAGCGCUGCAUUUCCACUGUUAGCCCAGCCUGGUAGCUGGCUGCCGGGGUUAUCAUGGCCAUGUCGCAGGCUCUGUCUGAAGAGGAGUUUCACCGCAUGCAGGCUCAGCUGUUGGAGCUUCGAACGCAGAACUACCAGCUGUCGGAUGAUCUCCGCAAGAACACUGCAGAGCUGGGCGCGCUCCGGCAGAAAAAUGGCCUUCUGGAGAGAGAUUUGGUCAAAGCGCAGAAGGCUUUGAAUAAAAGCAAAAAAGCUCAGGAAGUGGACGCGCUGCUGAGCGAGAAUGAGAUGCUUCAGGGGAAACUCCACAGCCAGGAAGAUGACUUCCGGCUACAGAACAGCACGCUGAUGACGGAGCUGUCCAAGCUCUGCACGCAGAUCGAGCAGCUAGAGAAGGAGAACCGAGAUCUAAAGCAAGAAGGAGGAGCUUCUAUAUCCAGCCCACCACCUAACUCCGCCUCCAGCCCCAUGGAUGGAGAAUUGCUCCGUCUCCAGGCAGAGAACUCCGCCCUGCAGAAGAAAAUGAAAGCUCUCCAGGAGCACUUUGACAGGGAGCUGCAGAGGCAGACGGUCGCCCACGACAACCAGCAGGACGCCACAGAGUCUGAUGGAUCAGCCGGUGCCAAUGGAGAGUCUGAAGUGAGCGGGGAGGGGUCGGUGGGCGACAGUGCCGGUGAGAGGGGGGAGAAGAUCCAGCUUCAGCACAGAGACAAAGAGCUGCACGGCCUGUCAGAGAAGAGCAUAGAGAGGAGUGUAGAACUGGAGAUGGCACUGAACACCGAGCAGGAGGAGAAGAGGCUGCUGAAGGAGCAGAUCCACAGUCUGGAGGCGUCCAAACAGGCCGAAGUCGCCAAACUCCAGGAAGAGAUGAUGAAGCUGUCUGACAAGUUGAAGAAGAAGCAGGAGAGUUUUCAGCGCCUGCAGGCGGAGAAGGAGGUCCUGUAUAACGACAGCAGGACCAAGAUUGAUGAGAUCAACCAGAGGAAAGAAGAGGAGCUGAAGGCUCUGAACACAUGCAUGCAGAAGCUGCAGACAGACCUGACGGGGGCCAAUCGGACCACAGUGGAGCUGAGAGAGCAGCUGCAGAGCAGAGACCGGGAGCACCAGGAGGCUCUGCACAACCUGAAGGACCAGGCGGCCACACAGAGCGCAGUCAGUCAGGAGCAGGUGGAGAACAUUCUGCAGGAGAACGAUGCUCUGAGGACUAAUCUAGCUGCUCUAGAACAGGAGAAAUCUUGUCUGAGGGCUGAACUGUCUGCUCUUCAGCAGAUCCAGACGGUGAAAACGCAAGAGAUGAACCUCCUUCGAGAGCAGCAGGAGGCGCUGACGGCCGAGCUGCAGCAGCGGCGAGCCGAGCAGGAGGCUCUGAUGGCGCAGAAAGAUGACCUUAACUCUCAGCUGCAGGAGAUGAGCUUUGCCAACAGAAAGCUGUUGGAGCAGUUAACAGAAGAAGGACUGGAAAAGGAGAGGCUGCUGAGAGAACUCGAUGAGGCCAAGAAGACUGCGGAGAAGCGGAAGGCCAUGCUGGAUGACAUGGCCAUCCAGCUGAAUCAGGAGAAGUCUGACCACAAGGAGGCGCUGUCUGACCUGAAACUGCAGCAUGAAAAGGAGGUUCUUGCUGUUAGAGGUCGCUACGAGAAGGAGCUCAGGGGGCUUCAUGAAGACAAGAACCGCUCUGAGGAGGAGAUCCGACAGCAGCUUCGAGAUGAAAAGGCUCGGACGAAAGAACUGGAAGGUGUGCAGCAAAGGGUGGAGGAACUGCAGGCUCAGCUUCAGUCAAUGGAGGGGACCAGAGGAUGGUAUGAGAGACGGCUGAAGGAGGUGGAGGAAAACAUGGAGAAGGCGGCUCUGCAGCACCAACAGGAGGAGGAGGAGCUGCGUAAAAAUCACAUACUACAGCUGGAGGAGAAGCAGUCAGAGAUGGAGGAAGUGAAGCAGCAAAUGGAGGAGGUGAAGAAGCAGAGGGAUGAAAACUGCAACAUCAUCGGGACGCUCAGACAGGAGAUAAAAGACACGGUGGACGGUCAGAGGAUCCUGGAGAAAAAGGGAAGUGCAGCGCUGAAGGAUCUGAAGCGGCAACUGCAGCUGGAAAGGAAGAGAGCAGACAAACUGCAGGAGAGACUCCAGGAGAUCCUGACCAACAGCAAGACCAGGACAGGUCUCGAAGAACUGGUUCUGUCGGAGAUCAGCAGUCCCAGUCGGACCCAGCAGACCGGAGACUCGUCCUCUGUGUCGUCCUUCUCCUACAAGGAUAUGAUGAAGGAAACCCAAUCCUCCAGCCAGAACAAGUCCGGAGGUGGCAGUCCUCAGUCCCAGCGUCCCGCAGAACUCUCUGAUGACGAGGUGGGCGAGCUGUUCCAGCGGCUCGCUGAGGUGCAGCAGGAGAAGUGGAUGCUGGAGGAGAAGGUGAAACACCUGGAGGUGAGCUGCUCCUCUAUGGCGGAGGAUAUCUGCAGGAAGAGCGCCAUCAUCGAGACAUAUGUGAUGGACAGCCGCAGAGACGUGUCCAGCAGUGCAGUGGGAGGACAUGGAGGCUCUCAGGGAGACAGAGGAGGUCUGGGUUCGGUCCUCAGAGAUCUGGUGAAACCGGGAGAUGAGAAUCUGAGAGAGAUGAACAAGAAACUGCAGAACAUGCUGGAGGAGCAGCUGACCAAGAACAUGCACCUGCAGAAGGACCUGGAGCUCUUGUCCCAGGAGUUAGUCAGACUCAGUAAGGGCAGCGGUCCUGGAGGCAGCGGCAGCACAGCCGGCUCUGGAUGAGACUAUCUCCUGGAUCCAUUUCAUCUUGUUUUUCUAUCUAAGCACUCCCACUCCCUGCAUUCAUCUGCUGUUGUGGGGUCAGUCUACUACCUGAAGCUGAUCUGCUUUCACUGCUUCAGUCUAACAUUUGGAUGUGACAAACUGACUCCGACUCAAAGAUGUGAAACAUCUCGGUGUCGCUCUGUGGAGAGGAUUCUGGAGGUGCAGGGGCAGGAUGUCUCUCAUUCAUGUGAUGAUGUUGAAUGUACUGUACGUAGACUGCACCGUUCUAGGAUCUAGAAACUUCUCAUGACUGACUUAACUCCUCGCUUUGUCUUAAAAUGUUGUCUGUUGGACCUGGCUAUGUCCUGAAGUGUGUUGCCUGUGUUCUUUCUGCAGCAGAUUCUCAGGGUGUGUCCAUGACCCAGAUUGGCACUUGGCGCGUAGACCUGAACUCUUGCGCCUGUCACUGCAUUAAACAGAAAACACUAUUGCAUGGUUACUAUGGAAACGGUUAACUUACCAUGUGACCAAAACUAGAGAUUAUUGUUAGAAGUGAAAUUCUUUUCCAUGUUGACCUGCUGUGUGUUUUAGUGCUUCACAGAUGUUGACUGAAUGGGUUUUAAAGGCAGGACUAACCUCUGCUGACGGGACGGCUGUGAUCAAACUGACCCGAUGCUCGGGUACCUGCUUACAGUCAGCGGCUUCAUUGGGCCUCCGGUGUUUUCAGGUUUCCUCCAUGCUGCCACAGCUGUGGCUCUGACAUGCCCAAAUCAGAAAAGAAAAAACCCUCUCAAGAGCAACGUUUUAAGGGAAACACAAUGAUGCAGGACUGGAACUGGAUGAUCCGGUUCUGUUAGCAGUCACGGCAGCUUCCUCUCACCACUGUGGUCCAGAGGAUUCCACAGAACCGGAUGUCUAGAACGUGUGUUCCCUAAAGGAGAGGACAGAGGUACAACUCAUGUAGUAUGGGAUGUCACAGAGCCAGUCGAGGGAAUCCAGCCCAGUCCUGCUGCCUUGGGCUUCACCUGAGCUGUGGCUGCUGUCAUCCAGACAGGUUUGGGCUCUGCAGCUCCACCUCUGACUUAGUUCCUAAAAACCCUUUUACAGGCCCACGGGAUCUGCUGGUGUAAGCCUGUACCCGUCCCGCCGCAGUUCUGAGUCAUGAACAUGCGGAACAGAGAUGAGCUUCAGUCAUGUUGAUGAUCUCCAGAUGUGUGUUGGGGUUUCUCACAUGUUUAGUGCUAAAGAUGAACAUUGUUGUCCGUGUGUGUCGGGCCAUGUCUAUAUCCCGGAAUCCACCGGUCUUCCAUGAUGUCUGCGUCUAACUUCAGCGAGGCUCAGACCGUCAUCCGGCUCCAGACGGCCUCCUCCGUGUUUGCGCAUCAGGAUUGUGGAAGCUCCUGAAAGUCUGUGUCUUACAUGACGCAUGUCUGCAGUCUUCCUGUCCUUCAGACAUUUUCCCAUCCUGCUGAGAGAAGCAGCUGACCUGAUACAGAACGGCUUCAUAAACCUGUCAAUCAUCUGGCUUACAGUCAAGCAGCUCAGUGCUGGGCUCUGUCUAAACCUUGGGUUUCAGGAACUCUAAAUGCACUACUUGAUGUAUUUGAACACUUUCAAUGUUCUGGAGAGAGACGGCAAAGAGGAUAAGCAGCUUUCAGCUGCAGAGCUUCAGCUCCACUCCAGCUCUACUUCCUGCGUGAAGAAGCUGAACUGACCCGUGACCAUCCUUCUGCCUGCUCUGCCUUUGUUCACGGACCUCUCUGUGGUCUCAGACUUGGACGCCUUGGACUUAAUGCCUGUAACAGCCGUGUUUGGAGUUUGCACCCCCUGCUUUGUUUUUCUGUUUAUGGACCAAUCCGCUGUUCAGAAAAAAAAUAUUUUACACAAAAUGUUUUAUUUAAAAACUCUGACCUCUGCAGUGGUGAGGAGCUGUCUCUGUUUUAUUGUUCAUGUCUGUACAUGCUGUGAGAUGACUUGUAAAUGUGCAAAGAAUCCCUCCUAUAUUUAUGUCUGACAAAAUGACGCUAAUUAUUGGAACUGAAAAAUAUAAAGUGCUGUCUAAGACUGA